AAUCUGCAAUAACCUACUUUUAACACUGCGCCUCGAUAAUGUGGGUUGGAGGUGAAGAUUACCGAGCAGUCGGAGAGAAAAGAACCGCAAAACAACAACCGGACAAAGAAGGAAAUGACGGAAAUGUUUAAGAGAAUGUUAUUGAGUGUUUAUUAGGAGACUGAACAGAGGCAGUGAGACAUAUUAGUAGUGUUUUGUGUUUGUUUUAUUACACGAUGAUGUUACAGGGAUGAAGUUUACAGAGUUCAGUGCUGCUUAUUUUUCUUCACCCUUCAUUAUUCCUCACGUGUGACAGAAGAGACAGAAGACUGAGAUUUCUGUGCAUUUUGCAGAAUGCUCAUGUCAGGAGGGAGAGCAGAAGUCGUCCAUGAGUGAGCUGUUCUUCAUCGUCUGCUCACUAGCUGAACUUCACCAGCAUCCUCUUGAUAUUCUUCUCUACACUCUUUCAAACCAAUGCUCCAUUUUCUGGAUCAUGGGAUGCGUCAAGUCCAAGUGCAGCAAGCCCACUCAGAACUCCAGCGCGGCGGAGAAGGCGGACGGAAAGCCCGGGAUGAAGCACGGGGAGAAGGCUGCGCUGGUGUAUUCGGAAGCAGGUUCGGACCAGGACACGUCUCGGGUCAACCCUGUCCUUCUGGACUAUGCACAGAGACUCUCGGAGGAGAUCGUGGCUCGGGCAGUGCAGCAAUGGGCCGAGGUAGACAGUCGCUACAGUGACAUCCCGUACAUCGAGUGUGACGUGCCGUGAGGGCCAUCUCAUCACGAGUGCUUUACCGAGGUCCAGGACCGCAGCUUGGCCUGACGGAGGCCGGUGAUUUUUUUGAGGAUUUUGACGCAUAGUGAGAAUGCAAAAGGAUACCUUUUGUAAGUGUUUAAUGUUCGUGUGGGAAGCAGCACUGUGGCAGCAUUGAGGCUUUUCUCUCUGUAAAAGCACAAACGUACAAAAUAAGUGCUAUCAAAGCAUCUGAACGCCUCGCAAGUUUUUUUUUCCUUUUUCAUUUUUACUUAAUCACUGAGAUGAGUCACAUCCAUAGCCUGAAUGUGUACAGGGCAAAAGCCAAGAGCAAUGUCCAGAGUCCAAAAUGGCAUCGAUCCCAGAGAUGCUAUAAAUAAGCCUAGAUCCCAUGAUCUCUGCGUUUGCUCGGAUCAACAAACGUCUCUGGUGUUUGUAUUUCUGAGGGAAGUUUGUGGGUUUUCCACACUAAACCAAUUUGUCUUUAGUUUUUUUAAAAAAAUACGUGUUAAACUUUAUGAGAUCCCGAUAAAAUCUUGCCCACAUUCUUUAACAGAUGGCGUGAUAACAUGAGCGCUUAAUGAUGAAAAUUAUCCUCUAAUAAUAGAUUAGUGAUCUGAGGAUAUUCUUCUCUCCAUUAGUAAGUUUUAUUUAUGUUUUGUCAUCAUGUCAUUGCCAUUAGUGUAUUUUUUUAGCUUUCCUGUCAUUUCUGUGUAAUCCUACACCAUGGUAGAUUUUACACGAGCGUCAGUGCCUCAGUGGCAUUAAAUCAUCGAUUGUGUUAUAUCAUGCAUUCUCAGUCCGGCCUCACAACCAAAGAAUUUGUUUUCUUUUAAGUACAAACAUGGCUGCAUACCAAAUUUUUGUUCUUGCUGAUCUUUCUACAAACUAAAAGCUUAUAUCUCAGACAUUAAAUCGUCCUCCACUGAAAUUUGUCCACUCUGCAAAUGGAUUUAUACAGUAUGUUUAGUUUGGACAGGUCUCAGGUGCUCAAGUUCCUGUCAAGUUCCUGGACAUGUUGAAAAAAAACAACUCUGUUAUUUUUUUUGGUAGCAUUGCUAAUAAAUAUCAUUCCUGAA